AUGACAGUAGAAAACAUUCCAUAUGAACAAAUUGAAGAAGAACACUGGAGAACUGAGCUUCAUUUAUACUUGGAAAAGGGAGACAUACCGAGAAACAGAUUAGAGGCUCAUAAAUUGAAAAGUCGUGCGACAAACUAUGAGUUAAGAGAUGGUAUCUUAUAUACAAGAUCAUUUCUUGGACCUUCACUUAGAUGUUUGACGCGAAAGGAAGGUAUAGAAAUUUUAAAGGCGCUACAUUAUGGAGAUGCUGGAAAUCAUAGCGGAGAAAGAUCGCUAGCAUACAAAGCGAGAAUACAAGGGUAUUAUUGGCCAUAUAUGCACGAAGAUGCAAAGCAAGUGUCAAGGAGAUUUGAAGAAUGUCAGCGUCAUGGGAAAAGAAUACACGCACCAGGAGCAAUGUUAAAUAAUUCGGUAAAUGCAUGGUCAUUCGGAAGAUGGGGAAUUGAUAUAGUUGGUCCAUUUAUACCAGGAACCGGACAACGAAUAUUUGGCAUCCCAGCUCAGUUAGUGUCUGACAAUGGAAAUCAGUUUGAAGGGGAAAAUAUAGAAAUGUUACUUAAUGAAUUUAAAAUCCAAUGUGGAAAGUCUACCCAUUUAUACCCGCAGAGUAAUGGAAAAGUAGAGGAGACAAACAAGACGAUCGCAGACAAUUUGAAAAAGAAGCUAGAAGGGCACAAUAAAGGAUGGUGCGAUCAAGUACAUAAUAUAGUAUGGGCAUACAGAACAACAAGGAGAGAAGCCACGGGAGUAUCACUUUUCUGUUUAACAUAUGGAGUAGAAGAAGUGUUACCAACGGAGAUAAUUAUCCCUACAACAAAGAAAGAAGCAUGGGAGAAGAAUUUAAGCGCAGAUAUAAUUCUCAUAAAACUUGAUGAUCUAGAAGAAACGAGAGAACUUGCUCCGCAACAUAUGGAAAAUUACCAAAAAAGACUAGCCAUAGAAUACAACAAACGUGUUAAAGUCAGGGAACUUCAAUCAGGAGAAUUAGUGCUGCGAGAGAUACCAAUCUAUCAAAAAGGACCAGAUGGGAAGUUAGAAAAGAAAUGGGAUGGACCAUAUGUCAUUAAAAGGAUAGUUGUAUAUGGAGCUUAUAAAUUGGCUGAUCCAGAAGGGAAAGAUACAGGUCGCAAGCUAGAUCGUCCAUGGAAUAGGUUGUACUUAAAAAAGUAUUACCCAUAA